UCUCCUCAUCCUCUCGGCCCUCAAGGAGAAGUCCAGAGCAGGAUCCCCUGGUCCAGGAGGCGGAUGUUCCCCUUUCCCUCAAUCCCUGGUGCCUCACUGUUUUCCGCAGGACCUCGGAGAGGACAAGAACAAGGAGAAAGAAGAGGAGGAGGAACUGCUUCCACUCCUGGCCUGCAUUCUCUGGGUCCUUCCAGAGAAGGACGACCCCCGUCCCCCACCAUCCAUCAACCCCCGGACUCCUCCUAACCUUCACCACCAGCUGAAGGAGAGGGAUGAAAUGCUUUGGGACAACUCAUAGCACCAACUCAGAGGGGACCGCCAAAGCGGAAUUAGCCCAGGUCUAUUUUCAGGCUUCUACAGACCAUUCAUUCUGCGUCGGACCCGAGAGACGAGAACCACAGUCAACGCCCGCGUCCAGAGAAAAGGUCCCUUUUUGGGUAGAUGCAACCUGCUCCCUAAGAAUAUUGAAGAAGGGCAGCCCAACUGUAAAUUACAGGAUAUUCAGUUCCUCUCUUGGACGUUCUUGCCUUGAUUUGAUUCACCAAUAUGCCAUGAGAUUGUAGGAAAUACCACAUCAAAGCAUCUCAGGGGGUGCUGAAAGUUGGAGAUGCCCUCUCCGUCUGAGCUGGCUGAAAGACGGCGACCCGUUAAAGCGCGGGCCGGAGACGUGAUCCAGCCGCCACGUUGAAGGCCAAGAUUUUUCUCCAUCGGGAGCAGGGCGUCCAUUAACCUCUCGGGGUCGCUGGCUGAGAGUGGGGGCUCUCAUGCGACCACUGUGCUUCCUGGAGACCGCGCUCCAGAAGGGAAUCGGCCCUUGGGAAGGCAGAGAUGAAUGUGCUUUCCCUUGGGAUCUAACCCCGCUUCCCGCCUCCGCGCCAUGACCAGCCUGAAGCGGUCCCAGACUGAGAGGCCCAUGGCCACAGAGAGGGUAUCGAUGGUGGGCCCGGAGGGGGCGUCGGCCAAGGUCCACACCGACGACUUCUAUAUGAGGCGCUUCCGCUCGCAGAACGGCAGCCUGGGCCCCCCGGUCAUGGCCCCCGUGGGCCUCCCCCGCAGCGAGAGCACCCACCACGUCACCUCCACCCCGGGGGUCCCCAAGAUGGGAGUCAGGGCGAGGAUUGCCGACUGGCCGCCGAGGAAGGACAACGUCAAGGAGCCGGGCCGGCCGGGCCAGGAGGGCGAGACGGCCGGUUGCCCCGAGAGCCUGUCAUCCAAGAGCAGCCCCGGGAGUCAGGGCAGCUCGGUCAGCCUUAACUCGAGCGAUGCCGCCAUGUUGAAGAGUCUCCACAACACCCUGAAGAGCAAGACCAGGCCGGUGGAGAGGAUGGACUCACGCUUCCUCAUGCCUGAGGCCUACCCGGCCUCCCCCAGGAAAGCCCUGCGCCGGAUCCGGCAGCGGAGCAACAGCGACAUCACCAUCAGCGAGCUGGACGCAGACAGCUUUGAUGAGUGCGUUUCGCCCACGUACAAGAGCGGGCCGUCGCUCCACAGGGAGUAUGGCAGCACAUCGUCCAUAGACAAGCAGGGUACCUCAGGGGAGAGUUUCUUCGACCUGUUGAAGGGCUUCAAGGGUGACUGCGUGGAGCCCCGGGGAGGGACGCCCACCCAGCUGGGCGACCUGCUGAUGGCCAGCGGGAGCAAGGGCUCCAGCUUCUCCCUGGACGUCAUCGAUGGUCCUGCCGUCCCCCGGGAGAACAUCCGACUCUUCAAGGAGAGGGAGAAACCACCCAAGAGGCGCUGCAAGUCGGAGACGGGGGACUCGUCCAUCUUCCGGAAGCUCCGCAAUGCCAAGGGCGAAGGGGAGCCGAUGGGGAAAGCGGCUGACCCGGACGACAGCCGGUCAGAGGACGGCGUCCGGCCCUGGACCUGCCCCAGGUGCUUCGCCCAUUACGAUGUCCAGAGCGUCCUGUUCGACCUGAACGAGGCGGUGGUGAACAGACAUAACGUCAUCAAGAGGCGGAACACGACCACGGGGGCCUCCGCCGCCGCCGUGGCCUCCUUGGUUUCAGGGCCUCCGUCCCACUCGGCCAGCUUUGGCUCCCCCACGGGCAGCACCGAAGACCUGAACUCCAAAGGAAGCCUUGGGGUGGACCAGGGGGACGACAAGAGCAACGAGCUUGUCAUGAGCUGCCCCUAUUUCCGUAACGAGAUGGGCGGGGAGGGAGAGAGGAAGAUUGGCCUGUCCAGGUCCAACUCGGGGGCCUUCGGCGGGGGUGAGAGCGCCGCGUUCGAGUCCACGCUCAGCUCCCACUGCACGAAUGCCGGGGUGGCCGUCCUCGAGGUGCCCAAGGACAAUUUGGUUUUGCACUUGGAUCGAGUCAAGCGGUACAUCGUGGAACAUGUGGAUCUGGGCGCCUACUAUUACCGGAAAUUCUUCUAUCAGAAGGAACACUGGAACUAUUUUGGAGCAGAUGAGAACCUCGGCCCUGUAGCCGUGAGCAUCCGAAGAGAAAAACCCGAGGAAAUGAAAGAAAACGGGCCGCCUCACAACUAUCGGAUAAUUUUCAGAACUAGUGAGCUCUUGACCUUAAGGGGUGCGGUGCUAGAAGAUGCAAUCCCAUCCACCGCGAAGCACUGCUCAGCUCGAGGCCUGCCUCUGAAGGAAGUGUUGGAGCACGUCAUCCCAGAGCUGAACGUCCAGUGUUUGAGGUUGGCUUUCAACACUCCAAAGGUCACCGAGCAGCUCAUGAAACUAGACGAGCAAGGGCUCAGCUACCAGCUGAAGGUGGGGAUCAUGUACAGCAAAGCCGGGCAGAGCACAGAAGAAGAGAUGUACAAUAAUGAAUCCGCCGGGCCAGGUUUCGAAGAGUUCCUUCAGCUUUUGGGAGAACGAGUCCGUCUCAAAGGCUUCGAGAAGUAUCGCGCCCAGCUUGAUACCAAGACUGAUUCAACUGGCACUUACUCUCUCUACACUACUUACAAAGACUACGAAAUCAUGUUCCACGUUUCCACGAUGCUACCCUACACGCCAAACAACAAGCAACAGCUCUUAAGGAAGCGGCAUAUCGGCAACGAUAUUGUGACAAUCGUUUUCCAAGAACCUGGUUCCCACCCCUUCAGCCCAAAGAACAUCCGCUCUCACUUCCAGCAUGUUUUUGUCAUUGUUCGGGUGCAUAAUCCUUGCACUGAGAAUGUGUGUUACAGUGUGGCCGUCACCAGGUCCAGAGACGUCCCUUCCUUCGGCCCCCCGAUCCCAAAGGGGGUCACCUUCCCCAAAUCCAACGUGUUCCGGGACUUCCUGCUGGCCAAGGUCAUCAACGCAGAAAACGCCGCCCACAAAUCGGAAAAGUUCCGGGCCAUGGCCACGCGAACACGCCAGGAGUACCUGAAGGAUCUGGCGGAAAAGAAUGUCACCAACACCCCCAUCGACCCUUCUGGAAAGUUCCCCUUCAUCUCCCUGGCCUCCAAGAAGAAAGAGAAGUCGAAGCCGUACCCAGGGGCCGAGCUCCACAGUGCGGGGGCCAUCGUGUGGGGUGUCCACGCCAAAGACUACCACAAGGGGAUGGAGAUUGACUGUCUGCUGGCCAUCUCCAAUGAGUUCCUGGUCCUCAUCGAACAGGAAACCAAGAGCGUGGUGUUCAACUGUUCCUGCAGGGACAUCAUAGGGUGGACCUCAACCGACACCAGCCUCAAAAUAUUUUAUGAACGGGGGGAGUGCGUGUUCGUGGAGAGCUUCCAGAACAAUCUGGAGGACAUCAGGGAGAUUGUCAGAAGGCUGGAGUUUGUGACGAAGGGCUGCGAGUCGGUGGAGAUGACGCUGCGGCGGAACGGGCUGGGCCAGCUGGGCUUCCACGUCAACUACGAGGGCAUCGUGGCGGAUGUGGAGCCGUACGGCUAUGCCUGGCAGGCGGGCCUGAGGCAGGGCAGCCGGCUCGUCGAGAUCUGCACCGUGGCCGUGGCCACCCUCAGCCACGAGCAGAUGAUCGACCUCCUGAGGACCUCGGUCACCGUGAAGGUCGUCAUCGUCCCCCCGCACGAGGACUGCACCCCGCGAAGGAGCUGCUCAGAAACGUACCGCCUGCCUGUGAUGGAGUACAAAAUGAACGAGGGCGUGCCAUACGAGUUCAAGUUCCCCUUCCGCAGCAACAACAAGUGGCAGAGGCCACACGCCCCCCCCGGCCCCGCCCCGACGCACAGCCCCGCCAUGGCCCGUGGGAGCGCCGGGAAAGGCGAUGGGAAGAUACCGCCUCCAGAACGCGCUGCUAACAUUCCCCGGAGCAUCUCCAGCGAUGGGCGGCCCCUGGAGCGCAGGUUGUCUCCUGGUUCGGACCAUUAUGUGACCGUGUCAUCCAUGGCUUUGGGAAGAUCCCCGCAGUGCCGUAAUUCUCCUAGUAGCCUGUCCUCCUCUAGCGACACUGGUUCCGGUGGAGGCACUUACCGACAAAAGUCCAUGCCCGAAGGGUUUGGAAUGAGUCGCAGGUCCCCGGCUUCCAUUGACAGGCAGAGUACCCAAACGGAUAUUGGAGGAAGUGGAAAAUCCACGCCCAGUUGGCAGAGGAGUCAGGACAGCAUUGGCGACCACUUGGCUUACAGUUAUAGAGGACUUCAGGAUUACAAUUCUUUUGUCCUCGAGCAGCGUGAAUAUACAGAACCGACGUGCCAUAUCCCUGCAGUUUCCAAGGUCCUGCCGUCGUUCAGAGAGAGCCCCGGCGGCAGACUAAUAAGACAGGGACCAGUGGUCCAUUUGCCUGCAAGCAAGCAGGGGCACUCUGACAGCCAUUACUCAAGCCACUCGAGCAGCAACACCCUCUCCAGCAACGGCUCCAGUGCCCACAGCGAUGAGAAAUGGUACGAGAGCGGCGAGCGAGGCGACUCAGAGCCCAGCGGCUACACUUUCCUCCAGGGCACCUCGGCCGACAGCGGGGUCGACACCACCUGCUACGGGCCUUCCCACGGCAGCACAUCCUCCCUCGCAGCCACCUCGUCCCCCCGGACCGCUGGCAAGGAGAAGGGGGCCUCCCUCUGGCACAGCUCCAGUGAGGUGAUCUCCAUCGCUGACCGGACGUUAGAGAAGGAGAGCCAUGGGAUGGAGAGGAAGGCGGAAUCCUCCCUCAGCCUCGACCUCCACAGCAAGAGUCAACCGGGCUCCAACCCUUUAACAAGAGAGGGCAGCACUUAUAGUAUUAACGAUGCCGCUUCACACGCCAGUACCAUGACUUCCCGACAUUCUGCCAAUCCAGUUGUUUUCUGCAGUGCCAGAAGUUCGCCUAAAGAGGAGCUUCACAUUGCCACUUCCCCGCAACUCGCACCUUCUUUCUCCUCCUCCUCUUCCUCCUCCUCUGGGCCUAGGACUUUCUAUCCUCGGCAGGGGGCUACUAGCAAGUACCUGAUUGGAUGGAAAAAACCCGAAGGGACAAUAAACUCUGUGGGCUUUAUGGAUACCAGAAAACGCCAUCAGAGUGAUGGGAAUGAAAUAGGCCCCUCCAGGUUGCAGACGUCUGUGAGAGAACUUCGCUCGUCUCCCAAGCAGGCUGCUAAAUCCACCAUCGAAGAGGAGCUCAAGAGACUGAUUGACCUCGAGAGCCAAACGUUGGAGUCUCAGAAGAAUUUUAAGCCUCCAUUCCCCACCACCCCAACCACAAGGCGGACUCUGCAUCGGACCCUGUCGGACGAGAGCAUUUACAGCGGUCAGAGGGAAAAGUAUUUCAACUCCCGGACCUCCCUUCUGGACCAAGCCCUGCCUAAUGAUGUCCUGUUUAGUAGCACCUACCCUUCUCUGCCCAAGUCUUUACCUUUGCGGAGGCCGUCCUAUACUUUGGGGAUGAAGUCCCUACACAGUGAAUUUUCAGCAUCGGACAGCUCUCUUCCUGAUGUCGGGGAGAACCGAAGUCAGCCAAUGCAGGACCCGGGCCUCAUGCCUUUGCCUGACUCUGCUUCCGACCUGGACUGGUCAAACUUGGUCGAUGCUGCCAAAGCCUUUGAGGUCCAACGAGCCUCAUUCUUUGCUGCUAAUGAAGAAAACCACCGACCGCUUAGUGCUGCUUCCAAUAUCGAUCAAUUAGAGGAUCAGUCUGCUGCAUCACUGAAGUCUUAUGCAGGCAGUAAAGAUUCAUCCCCUACUCUGGCUUCUAAAGUGGACCAACUGGAAGGUAUGCUGAAGAUGCUUCAAGAGGACUUGAAGAAGGAGAAAGAAGACAAGGCUCACCUCCAAGCGGAAGUCCAGCACCUGAGGGAAGACAACCUCCGUUUGCAAGAGGAGUCCCAGAGCGCCUCGGACAAGCUGAAGAAAUUCACCGAGUGGGUCUUCAACACCAUCGACAUGAGCUAAGGGCGGCAAGGAGGCGGGAAGCCAACGCACGCUCUCUCCGGAAGCAGCUGAGGGACCCAGGAGAUCGCGACGACGACCCUCUUCCCCGCCUUUCGUACUGACUUCUCCCCCAUCUUCCCCCCUUCCCGGGCUUACCCAGCAGAGGAGCAUCGCAGAUCAACGAUCGGCGUCCGCCUUUUGUAGAAAAAAGGAAACCAAAAAAAAAAAGUCAAUAAAAAAUUUUAAAAGUCAAAUAAAAGUCUGACUGCUAAAAUGUGAAUGUCUUUAUUUUUUUGCACAAUAUCUCUACCUGUCAAUGUACAGAACUGAGGAUCGGGCUGGGUUCUCCCGCCUCUAUUUAUUUCCGUUCUCUCCUUCCUAGCUGUUUCAGGUAACCCGAGUUCUUUCUUGCUGCUUUGGCAAAUAUUAUGAUUCCUAGGAGACUAGAACCUUUUUGUAUCGG